CUCUAUGGCGAAUCUCGAAGAAAGCAAAGACUUUCCAGCACUGCAAAACGAUCGGAUAUUACGCGCUGCCAAGGGGGAAAGUGUGGAUCGUGUUCCGGUAUGGGUCAUGAGACAAGCGGGACGGUACCUACCAGAGUUUCGGAAAUUUAAAGAAGAAAAUGGAGCAGACUUUUUCAAGAUUGUGCAGACACCAGAAAUGGCUUGUGAACUAACUUUACAGCCCAUCCGAAGGUAUGAUCUGGAUUCAGCCAUCAUAUUCUCUGAUAUUUUAGUUAUACCCCAGGUGCUUGGGAUGACUGUGGAAAUGGUGCCGGGCAAGGGUCCCCAUUUCCCUGAACCACUGAAUGAUCCAUCUGAUAUUGAGAAAUUAAAUCAAAAUGCAAAUAUAUCUGAAGGCCUCGGCUAUGUGUACAGAGCUAUCACUCUCACAAGACACAAGCUUGAAGGCAAAGUUCCCCUUUUCGGGUUCACAGGAGCACCGUGGACACUUAUGUCCUACAUGAUCGAGGGUGGUGGCAGUACAAACUUCACCAAGAGCAGGAAGUGGUUGUAUGCUCACAUGGAGGCAAGCAGCAAGCUGUUACAGAUACUAACAGAUGCUGUUGUCGAGCAUUUGGUGCUUCAAGCCAGAGCAGGAGCACAGAUUCUGCAAGUGUUUGAAUCACACGGGGGGCUUCUUGGCCAUGACAUGUUCAUGCUAUUCUCCCUGCCCUACUUGAGACAGAUAGCGGAGAAGGUCAAGGAAAAGCUUGGUCCGGAUGCAGUGCCUAUGACUGUAUUUGCAAAAGGUGCCCAUUAUGCAAUAAAGGAAUUGUCCCAGUGUGGAUACGAUGUUGUUAGUCUAGACUGGACAAUGUCUUCAAAGGAAGCAAGGAUUGUAGCUCCUACUGUGACCUUACAAGGAAACCUGGAUCCUGCUGCACUGUAUGGUAGUCAUGAGGAUAUUGUCUAUGCUGUCAAGGGAAUGGUACGUGGAUUUGGCAUCCAGCGGUACAUAGCUAAUCUUGGCCAUGGCAUGCAUCCGGACCAUGACCCAGACAAACUGAAGACCUUUAUUGAUACUGUUCACUCAUACUCAGAAACUAUAAGACAGAGAGGAAUAUCAGCUUCUCAUGAUUGAUUUUCAUCUUGCGUCUUAGCAAUUGCAAGCCAUAUGUAGUAAUCAAUCUACAGUACAUUUACAAUGAUUUACAAGCAAAAGAUAGUAUUAUUAUCACUGUUUAUAACAGUCCCUCCUCAGCCAUACCUUAUUAAUAUGAAAGAAUUUCAAUCAUGCAACUUGACUUGAUAGCCUUCAUGAUUUAGGAGCUUCAUGUCUGUGCUUUAUAGAUUAUUACUAGUUUAUAAUUAUAAAAUACAAUAACAUCAAUAACUUAACAAUUUUCAAAUAAAGAUUUAUUUCAUAUA